AUGACAAUUUUUCAAACGGCUAAGAGUAGAAGAAGUGCAUUUAUUGAAAUGGAAGAAAAUAUCAUUCAAUGUUUUUGUCUUAUUCAAUACUUUCUAAUCUAAUUUUCCUUUAUUUUUCUAAAUUUGAAAUAUGGAGAGGAAAAAACAAAAUUGUUGCUUCUUAUGAUUUGGUUACUUUUUUCUAUACACAGAAUCAUAUUCCAAUAAUUGUUCAUACUUUCCACAAUCAGAAACACUUAAUUCUGGCUUAGAAAAUUGACUCCUCAGAAGUUUUUCUAAGGUUAAAUAAAUUAAAUAAUGACUCCUUUUCUAUCACAGAAAAUAAUUGAAUAUGUUAUUGAUAUUAACAACUGUAUUGUGUUUAAUUUAUGAUUGUCCAGCUGCAGUACUAUUUAUCUACCAUUUACAAUUUAUAUCUUUUUUUGGGAUAAAUAUGCAAUAGCUCACAAUUAUAAAAUUGAUAAAAAGAUAACAUAAGAUUUACUUAGUCAUCUAAUAAAAUGCUACUAAACCGUUGUAAUACAAAUUAGCAUCUACUUAUCCUGUGGUUUUUCCGAAAAUUCAAUUUGGUAAUCUAUGGAGCUUUAAGUGCAGGAUUAUUCAUGAUUUUUACAUUAUCUUCAAAAAAAUAAAUGGUUAGUUCCGAAUCGUAAGGUCUUUGGAUUGA